AACAUCUGCAGCCACUUUACGUCAGCCGUAAAGCAAUGGACUAGAUGACAAUAAUGAUAUGCGAUAACUGAGCACUGUAACGUUACUUUACAGAAUUUUGACUAUCGGAAGAGGUUAAAUCCCGAUAAAGUUUGAUAUUUCCAAUUUGCCAACUUCUCACUCGUCGCCACGUCUAAGCAAAGUAUUUUAUUAACACUCCGUGUCCCUCUGUGAGGCGAGAAAGCGACGAGAGCCAGUGGAAGAAGAAUUGCUUUUAGCCAGUCAUUGCCAUGGCCUCCGAAAGCGGCGAUAGCAACAUGGAUAGAGAAAUGAUUCUGGCCGACUUUCAGGCUUGCACUGGAAUUGACAACAUUGCAGAGGCAAUCACUCUGUUAGAGCUUAAUAACUGGGAUUUAGUGGCAGCCAUCAAUGGAGUGAUACCACAGGAGAAUGGGAUCUUACAAAGUAACUUUUCCAGUGAAGCGAGCCAGGCCAGUAUGUACGGACCUCCUAGCCAAUCAGAAGCAGCCGAUGCAGCAGCAGGAGGUGCAGUUAAUCCCCCCUCCUCUUCGUCUUUGUCCUCCUCUCCUCCAUCGUCCUCAGCUUCAGCUUCUUGCCCCAGCAACUCCUCCUCCCGACACAUUGUAGAGCGUCAGCCCCGGAUGCUCAACUUCAGGGUGGAGUACCGGCAGCGCUCUGUAGAGCUGGUAGUGGAGGAAGGCAGCACAGUCGGAGAAAUCAAACAUAUCCUCGAGACAGAGCUUGGGGUUCCAGUGUCCAAAAUGCAGCUGAAGGGAUGGAAGAGUGGGGAUGUAUCUGAUAGUACGGUGCUGAGAAGUUUACACCUGCCUAAGAACAACAGCCUGUAUGUCCUGACCCCAGACAUCGCCCCUACUGCCAGCACCAGCAAAAACAGUGCUCUCCAAGAGUCGUUAAACCAGAACUUCUUGCUGGUCAUCAGCCACCGCGAGGCCCAGAGGGACUACAGUCUCAACUUCCCCGGCUCCAGAACCAUACAGGAGGUGAAGAGGAACAUUUCAGAUUUGACCAACAUCCCAGUCCGGCAUCAACAGUGGGAGGGAUGGCCCGUGUCAGCAUCUGAUGACUCUAUGACAUUAGCUGUCUCUGGGAUCAGCUAUCCUUGCCAUCACCUCAGUGUUUGUCGAAGGUCCUCACCAGCCAAUUCCCAGGAGCCCACAGAAGAGUGCGCAGAUGUCCAUAUGGUCAGCGACAGUGAGGGGGAUGAUUUUGAGGAUGCGUCAGAGUUUGGUGUGGACGAUUCAGAGAUGUUUGGAAUAGGCUCCUCUACCUGUCGGAAAUCACCUAUGAUGCCAGAGAAUAGUGACAACGAAGCUGAUGCCUUACUGCACUUUACUGCCGAAUUUUCUUCAAGGUAUGGAGAGACACACCCAAUGUUCUUCAUUGGGACUUUGGAGGCAGCAUCUCAAGAAGCCUUCUAUGGCAAAGCCAGAGAUAGAAAGCUGCUUGCCAUCUACCUCCACAAUGAUGAAAGUGUCCUCGGCAACGUCUUCUGCUCCCAAAUGAUGUGUGCUGACUCCAUCGUCUCCUACCUGAGCCAGAACUUCAUUACAUGGGCCUGGGAUGUCACUAAAGAAGCUAACAAAGCCAGACUACUCACCAUGUGUACGAGGCAUUUUGGCAGUGUGGUGACACAGACUAUACGGACAUACAAGACAGACCAGUUCCCCCUGCUCCUUAUAGUCAUGGGCAAACGCACAUCCAAUGAAGUUCUAAAUGUUAUUCAAGGCAAUACGACAGUGGAUGAGCUGAUGAUGAGGUUAAUGGGAGCAAUGGAGAUCUUUACAGCACAACAACAAGAGGACAUCAAAGAUGAGGAUGAGCGUGAGGCAAGAGAGACGGUGAAGAGAGAACAGGACGAGGCCUACCGUCUGUCUUUAGAGGCUGACCGUAAAAAGAGAGAAGCCCAGGAGAGAGAAGAGGCUGAGCAGGUUCGCCUGGAACAGAUGAGGAAGGAGCAGGAGGAGGAGAAGGAGGCAAUCCGCUUGUCAUUGGAGCAGUCCCUACCGCCAGAGCCCGAUGAGGAUUCAGGAGAGCAAAUCAGCAAACUGCGAAUCCGCACACCAAGUGGCGAGUUUCUGGAAAGACGUUUCCUGGGCAGCUGUAAGCUCCAGGUCCUCUUCGACUUUGUGGCCUCCAAGGGAUACCCCUUUGAAGAGUUCAAACUCCUCACCACCUUCCCUCGUAGAAAUAGUCAGAUGCUGCUCUCCCCCCGUCGUCUCUCCCUGGUGGACUACGAGUACAAACUCUCAUCCCAAAUUCACAAAGAGCUCACACAUCCACAAACACGCUUAUAUGUAGUCCACAGACACACGUCUACACACACACACACACACACACACCUGCUCCACCCCAAAGCCUCAUUUACUCCUACCUGAUGCUGUGGUGUCACAACAGCCUGUCAGGUUCAUUAGCAUGGCAGCCAUUUGCGACGCGCUGCUCCAGAGGUGGGAAAAGGAGCGCAGCAGCCCUGUUGGUCGUUUUCCCCCACCGUUGGGAUGGAAUAUGUUUACAGCAAACACACACACAGUCAUCAAAACACACAAACCAUUUUACCUCUCUUCAUGGCAUCUCGCUCCCCGCUGUGCUACGAGGCAGCUGACGAGGUGAGGGGCAUAAGGUUGAUGUGGCAGCCCCUCCCUGCCCGCACCGGGCUCCCCGGGACCCUGCUGAAAAGUCAACAGUCUAAAUGACACGUUGAAAUGAGGACAAGGAGAUGAAAAACAUGGAGUCAAAGACCGCCGACGUGCACGUGGUGUGACAUUUCCAAACACCCAUGGGAGAUGGAUAGGUUGUCUGAUGCUGAUAUGUCCUCCUCACCUUCCCCUAAUUUUCUUUUUUUUUUUAACUUUUUUUUCUUUUCUCACCCUUUUCUCAGAGUUCUUGAGCAUCCUGUAGUUUUACAGAUUUUGUUGUUAACACAAGUUUAUAUGUGUAGAUUGUUUUAAUUAUUUUCAGUGUUUACUCAUAUCAAUGCGUUCUGUCUCAAAUUACAGUUUUUCAGGAGCUAACACAGAUUUGAUGUUUAUUACAAUGCAGUUUUUCUAAUUGCACAGAUGAGGGUAGGAUUUCAAUAAUUCCUCUUUAGAAGUUAAAACUUAAAAAUGACCAAAAUCAAAGUUAGAGGUUCUCUUUUGCUUAUAGUGAUGUGUUCAUUUAUUAGGAUUUUAACUUUUUAAAAGUACCACUAAUAAGAUUGAUAGGACACUUCCAUAUUCUACAGAAGGUGAGUGCAGGUGAAGUUGUGGUUCACGGUCACGAGUUCACAUGUCAUUCCCUACUAUAGUCUCCCUCAGGCCUAUCACUCUGCUUGUUGUGAGGUCAACCUUUACCAUGCUAGCUUGCCCUCUGACCUUCUACAGCAGGUACAGGGAGUUGGUUAAUUAUCCCCCUGUGAGGUUAGAAUAGGAGCCCUAAUCAGAGGGGCUGACGCAGCAGUCAUCAGAUAAGCCCUGGACACAUCUCUGUGUCACACCACCUCACCCAUUCAGCCCAGGUGUUAGAUUGGCCCGGUGUAACAUAACCCCUCCAGUGAUUAGCUCACAUAAGCUAAGAGGCUCACAGUGGUGGUGGGUGUCGGAGAGAGAGUCAGAUUGUCCUGUUUUAAAAAACAUAGGUCAGACCCCCUUCAUGUCGGCUAACUCAAUCAGCUCCGUUGUGGGUGGUACUGCAUUAUUGCUCUGCUUAGCUGUUGUGCAGAGUAUUGAACACAGAUAAAUGUUUCUCUCCUCUACACCAUCAGCUACGUUCCUGUUUGACCUUUGUCACAGCUGAAAUUAGCCCCCCCCCACUGUCUUUGUGAGGACCGUGAUUGACACAGUGCUUUCCCUAGCCCCUUACCCUAACCUUAACCAUCACAACCAAAUGCCUCACCCUAACCCUUACCCUCACCA